AUGCUGACAAGCGGAUUAAGGUGGCCAACCCAGUGGUGGAGAUGGAUGGGGACGAGAUGACGAGGAUCAUCUGGGCCUUCAUCAAGGAGAAGGUGACGGGGUCCUGCCCUGGGAAUGGGUGGGUGUGCCACAAGUGAAGCUGAGGAGGUUGUAUGGGGAGCAAGCGGUGCCUGUGCUGGUCUCCGUCCGUCCCUCCCACCUCCGUCCCUCUGUCCGCAGGAAGCAGGUGGUAAAAUCAGCGCAGCUUCCGGAAGGCCUGGAAGUGAGAGGGUCCCAGGGAGGCGGGACUGUUCUGGGUGGGGAGGCCCAUCCCACACAAGGAGGCCCAUCCCAGGCAGAGGGGAUCAUCCUGGCUGGGGGGGGACGGUCCCUGGCAGGCAGCUGGGCUGUGCUGGGGUGGGUGCUGGGACUGGCUGUGCAAGGGUGCUGCUCCCCAGGCACCCCACAUUGUCGCCCUGCUCUGAUGCUCUCCCGGCCCCCCAGCUCAUCCUGCCCAAUGUGGAUGUCCAGCUGAAGUACUUCGACCUGGGACUGCCACACCGGGACAAGACAGAUGACCAAGUCACCAUUGACUCGGCACUGGCCACCCAGAAGUACAGUGUGGCUGUCAAGUGUGCCACCAUUACGCCUGACGAAGCCAGAGUGGAAGAGUUCAAGCUGAAGAAGAUGUGGAAGAGCCCCAAUGGCACCAUUCGAAACAUCCUGGGGGGGACAGUGUUCCGAGAGCCCAUCAUCUGCAAGAACAUCCCCCGCCUGGUGCCCGGCUGGACCAAGCCCAUCACCAUCGGCCGCCAUGCCCACGGCGACCAGUACAAAGCCACUGACUUCGUGGUGAGCAAGUCUGGGACGUUCAAGAUGGUCUUCACGCCGAAGGAUGGCAGUGGGGCCAAGGAGUGGGAGGUGUUCAACUUCCCCGGUGGCGGCGUGGGCAUGGGCAUGUACAACACAGACGAGUCCAUCUCGGGCUUCGCGCACAGCUGCUUCCAGUACGCCAUCCAGAAGAAGUGGCCACUCUACCUGAGCACCAAGAACACCAUCCUCAAGGCCUAUGACGGGCGCUUCAAGGACGUCUUCCAGGAGAUCUUUGAUAAGCACUACAAGACUGAGUUUGACAAGCUGAAGAUCUGGUACGAGCACCGGCUCAUUGACGACAUGGUCGCCCAGAUGCUGAAAUCCUCUGGCGGCUUCGUCUGGGCCUGCAAGAACUACGACGGGGAUGUGCAGUCAGACAUCCUGGCACAAGGGUUCGGCUCCCUGGGGUUGAUGACCUCCGUCCUGGUGUGUCCGGAUGGGAAGACCAUCGAGGCUGAGGCCGCCCACGGCACUGUCACCCGCCACUACCGGGAGCACCAGAAGGGACGACCCACCAGCACCAACCCCAUUGCCAGCAUCUUCGCCUGGACGCGUGGCCUGGAGCACCGGGGCAAGCUGGACAGUAACCCCGACCUCAUCAAGUUUGCACAGACGCUGGAGAAGGUCUGUGUGGACACCGUGGAGGGCGGAACGAUGACGAAGGAUCUCGCCGGCUGCAUCCACGGCCUCGCCAAUGUGAAGCUGAAUGAGCACUUUGUGAACACCACAGACUUCCUCGACACCAUCAAGAACAACUUGGACAAGGCCCUGGGCAAGAAGUAGGGGGCAGGGGGCCCCUGCUGUUCCCAGGAUGGAUAGGGCAGGGAGGGGCCCAGUGCCACCCCCAGCUCCCUGACACUCCUCAGGAACAGAUGAAUCGUUUUUAUAAGCAGUUUUCUUAUGAGUGUUUUUAAAGCCUUUGUAGCAGGAGUUGUAGGGCUGGGGGGGGGGUCUGUCCUGAACUGAUUCAUGUAUUCCAUAACUCUGUGGUGCCAUUAAACACCUCCCCAGCCAUGGCACAUCAUAGUAGCACAGCUCUGCAGUGUGGGCAUGGGGGGCACAGGGAGUACCAGACCCCUCGGCUCAGCCUCGCCAGCCUGGAAGGCCGUGUGCCCCAGCAUUUUGGCACUGGCCAGAGGUAGCGUGUGGGGGUCCACACUGGCAAGGGGCACAGCCCUGCCAUGCUGAGGAGAGGUCUGGGCUGGCCAAAGCUGUGGCCAUCUCCAUCCUGCCCCCAGGCUGGAUGAUGUUGCAGGGGAGGAGGUGGAGGGCAAGGGUGGUAGGCACACUGCCUUGUGGGGAGGCUGAGUGGGGCCACCUCCAGAGCCAGCCCAGGGCUUCUGGGGAUGGGGCACGUGGUGCCCAGCCCCAAGGAGCACAGCCAAGGGCACAAAGUGGGUGGGGGGGUCAGCACAGGGGUCCCAAAACCUGUGCUCUGGCUGGACCCGAGGUCCUGAUGUCUACCAGGACCCUCUCCAGCUCUGGGCACACUUGGGGGAAAUUAUGUGGGUGCUGCCAACCCCAAUCCCACAGCAGGGAGGGUGCGGAGCCUAGAUAGCAGUCCUGGACCCAGCAUUGCCCCAGCUGCUUCCUCCCUAAUCCCUGGGCAUGGAGGAGGCAAACCCCCACCUCUGCCCAAGCGAGAACCUUUUCCUGAACCCUAGAGCAGCUGAGGGGCAAGGAGGGGGUGCCAGUUUGUUCUCAGGCCCCCGCAGCCCCCCCCGGCUCCCAGCACAGACCACACAGCUUACACGGGUUUACAAAGCACAUUGGUUGAAGGGAACUGAACUCGGUGAAAAGAUAAAUCCAACCACGCGGCACAUCUGAAAAAAAUAAAUUACUUUCAAAAUA